AUGGUAGGAAUACCAGAAACGAAGUCUUCUAAUAGGCCUGGUAAUGGUGAAAUUCAAUUGUAUCAAUUUCAUUGGACAAAGCUCCCAGAUACCUCCAGGUUGCAGCCACUGGGAGGCGUUCCAAUAUUGACGGAUAAGAAAGAUAUCAAACGCUGGAUGACGCACGUUAUAAGAAUGCUACGGACCCAAUGCCUAGGCUACUUAAUCGACGGCUCAAUUACAACGCCGCCAGAUAACGAGGCACAUCUUGAACGAUAUAAAUUAGCAGAUGCCUACGUUACUCAGUGGAUGACGAAACAGAUAUCUUACAAACUCUAUAAACGGGUAAAGAACAUCAAUCUACCGAUAGACACGGCGCAGAACCUAUACAACUCCAUUAGACAGACAAUGCUGAAGACGUCACCAGCCGAGAUAAGGAGGCGCUGGAAGACGUGGGUUACACUAGAAAGAGCGAACUUUGCAACCAUUCCGCAAUACAUUGACGGACUACUAAAGUCCUAUGAGAACCUGACAGACACGGGAUAUCCAGCCCCACCAAUUGAGGCCGUCUACCGCCUCUUCUACGCUAUCAGGGACGAGAUGCCUCUCUGUGCCAACGACAUCAUUAACAAAAUUGAUGACAUCAAACCAACAGAGGUCACGAAGGAACACCUCUUAGAGGCCUGCGCAAGGACCAGAGCAAGAGCUCAAGAGAGGUACUCACUACCUAGGUAA